AUGCAGCCUUGCCUUACGUUUCGCAAUUCAUCCCAGUGCGAACCAUACUCAAAGUCUCCCAGGGACGUGACUCUCAGAUGUAUCACCAGACCAUGCCCCCAAAUCAACAACGAGAAAAAGACCGAGAAAUUCAUGCAAACGCGAAAGGACGCCCGGAAAAGCCUCCUACAUCACAUACCAUCCGAGCAAAGCGUCUCGGUCCCAAAGAACCUACAAACCCUCACAUAUCCUAUCCCUCUCUCACCUUCAAAGAUGCCACAACUCAACCUACCUUCGGACCCGGAAUCCGCGGAAUAUCUCCCCGUUAGGCCUGCCAAACCCUCAGACGAGGGGGGGGGGGGGGCAAAAUACUGCUCACGCUCAUGCUCAGACAGCGACAGACAGGCGCAUAGAUCCUCUCGAACCCUCAAUCCUCAACCCUCAAGGCUCUACCCGCGGAGAGAACCCUUAUCAGUCUUUCAACCAGCAGCCCAGCUAAGGUAA